UUAAUGACGUUGUGGAAGAUGUACGCUGUCAGACGGAUGUGUUUGUGUUUUCAGAACCGGUUUUUGGCAACCAGGUUAUGUUCUGGAUUUCAUUUUCCUCCUACAGGACCACCGGCGACCACAGUCCGAAAGUUAGGAGCAGUCACUCACGACCAACGCACUUUUUCGUUCCGUAAUGGCACAGGAAGUAGAAAAUUUACAAGCACUUCAAGCAUCAGAAGCGACGCUGUAGGGAAGAUAGAAUCAUCACGUUAUCAACUUAUUUACACAUGCAAGGUUUGCUCCACCAGGUCCAUGCAGAGUAUCUCCAAACUGGCAUACCACAAAGGUGUGGUGAUCGUGACGUGUCCGGGAUGUGAGAAUCACCACAUCAUCGCUGAUAAUCUCGGCUGGUUCUCAGAUCUCCAAGGGAAAAGAAACAUUGAAGAAAUCCUUGCAACUAAAGGAGAGACUGUGAAGAAGAUUGAAGGAAGUACAGCGCUGGAGAUUGUGGCAGAAAAAUCGCACGAAGACACGUCGCAACCUGACGAAGACACUGAAAGAAAGGACAGUGAUACAGACAAACUGUAACUCUGUUUCUGCACUAUGUGUAUACUGUAAAAGGUUUCCAUGUAAUGUUUAAAUAA